AAUCAAUGUUACUUCCUCCUUUUUUGUAUGAUUUUGCUUUCAGUAGUGAUUAUUUUUAUCCGAAAUGUGGUAUUUCCAUCAGCUAUGCCAGCAAGAACUUAGUUCUCUGUCGUUAUCUGCAACCAACUGUUCAAGAUUAUAUUUUCCUAGUUUCUUCACUUUUAGGCAUCACAGUACCCCUCAGACGUAUUUGUACACUCUUUUAUGUUUCUUCGUAUUGCAGGGCUUGACUAUUUAUUCUUCAUUGUCUGACACAAAAAGACAAUCAGCAUCAUCAAUUUGACGUCAGAAAUUCAAAUAUUCUUCAUGGAUCUAGAGAAGUAAUAACCUUUUCUUGUUUCUACAAGAGUUCAGGAGAUUGAAGCUUUAUGGAGUUUCAAAAAAAAAGGAAGAUUGAAGCUGUUGUUAUGGAAAAAGGAGAUUCUCCUGUAAGGAGAUGGGAGGACCUUAAUAUUAAUAUCUUGGUAACGAUACUCCUGUCCUUUGACCUUUUCCAGUUGAUAUAUGCAAUUCCUCAAGUUUGUCGUGCAUGGCGAUUGGCUUGUUGUGAUCCACUUCUCUGGAAAACGCUGGACUUGUCCGUGUUGCAAUCGAAUUUCAUCAGACUCCCAUUGAAGCCAUACGUAUAUGUCGACAGUCCGUCUGAAAAAAAAUUAACCGGACUCCUAAAUAUUUGCUUGAACCUCAGUCGUGGAAACAUACAAACAUUGAUCUUCCAUACCAAUUUGUAUGUUAACGACAAUCAGUUGACUUUUGCUGCCGAGAGGUGUCCACGGCUUAAACGCCUUGUUAUGCCUGCUUGGGAAAAACUAGAAAAGCCAGCAAUACGCCGUGCUAUUCGUAAAUGGAAAGAUCUUGAAUCACUGACGAUGCCUAGUUUAGAAAAACCUGCCUAUGUCAUCAAGAAAAUUGCAAGGAGUUGCAAAAAAUUUUCUGAGCUCAAAAUCAUGGGGACUUGUGAUAUUCUGUUUGCAUCUACACUAGUAUCAUUUCUUCCAAACUUGAAAGUAUUGAGUGUGAGGUGUACGGAGUUAUCUAAACAUGCUUUGGUUAUUCUCUUGGAGGGGUUAACACAGUUGAAAGUGCUCAACAUAUCGCAUUGCAUAAUUACUGAAGACCUUCCUCCACCCGCACCUAUGAAAAUUCUGACCGAGCUUGAUGAAUCCAUUCUCGAAAAAGCAUCUAGGUUGGACAAAUUCCUAACCUGCAUGAGUGACUCAUGCAUCAUGUGUCAGCGCACUCGAAAUGAUAAAGGGUUCAUGAGGUGGUAUAAGUAUGAAGACCUCUGGAAAGUGGAUGAGGUGAAAUCUCUUGCAAUUUUAAAACUUUAAGAAUGUUUUGCUUCAUGAGUUGAAGGUGCAGUGUAAUGUGUGAACUUGUGUGUAUGACACAGACAAUAAAAACUUGUAACGCUACUUCUGUGUGUUUAAGUCUAUUCUCUUUGACAGGGUGGUUUUCAUGUUCUUCGUGUUUCUAUGAUCUUAUGCUUUUUGUUUCUGCGUUUCCGUAGCACACUGUACAUUCUCUGUCCA